AUGUUCUCAUUGUGAGUCGAAUCCGGAUUACACCGCCCCCUCCUGCACCUUUGCCCCGCCCCCUCCCAGCACGCUGCACAUAAAACCCGGCAGCCGCUGCGGCUUGUUCUGCUGGUGUCACGCCUCCUCCUCGCUUCGAGAAGCGCUCGGCUUAGCUUUGGGACGGCAGCGCGCGGACCAGGAGGUACGGAGGGAGCGAGGGGUGGGCGCCUCGAGGGCAUUUCUGGAGCUUUUGCAGCGCUUGUGCAUGGAGGCAAAUGCGGGCGCGUUGCUCGGGGUUUGCAAUUCGAGCCUGGCGAGGCCUGCUAUGGGGUGGGGGCCUGCAGCGCUUUCUCUCUCCUCCAGCCUAGCAGGUUCGAAGGGUCGUCAUUUUCUGGGGUCUAUAUGUGGAGGCGAAGGGCUUCUGGAAGGUUUCGAGGCUUGCAAUCCGUGCAUCUCCUCGUGUCUUCCAAAGGCGUGAUUUUGGGAAGGGGGGCACCUGCAUUGGAAUAAAGUGGGCUGGAAGCUGCGCUGCUCCUCGGUUCUCCUCUGGUCCUUUUUCCCCAAAGCGGAGAGGAGGCGGUGUGAAUGCUGCCCAUUGUGUCCUCGGCAAGCGAGUCAUAGGGAUCUCCUUUGUGUUCUGAGCGGUACAGGGAGGGGGCUGGAAGCAGUGCGGGCUGGAAGCAGUGCGUUGCAUUGUCACUGGAAUUCAACUCCAGGGGUCGAUCUUGGCUUCCUCUAACUCUCCUCCUCCUGCUUCCCCCGCCCCCAACCCUGGAAAGCGGUGAGGCUUUCCAGUCUCUUCUCAGCUUGCAUAGCGCUCCUAGCCUUGCUCGGGGUCUACUCGAGUGAAAAUUCAUGAAAUGGAGCCAGUGACUAAGUGCUCUUGCCUUAAAAAUUGGGUCAUGGAAACUGUGCUCUUUAAACAGGCCUUUAGUAUGGAUACAAGAGGUGACGACAGUGCAAUAAGUUUAAGCUCCAAUUCUUACUAGAGGGGGGAACGAGACAAAUGGAGUAAGAUCUGUGCGCUUUUGUUUCAAGUAGUGUAUAUAGCAGGGGGAAGAUGUGAUGUUUGCAGAACUUGCACAGAAGUAAACCUACAACGUAGUGCUUCUGGGAUGUUCUCACCUGUGCAGAGGUAACAGUGCCUCUAAAUUCCAAUCGGUUACCAUUUUAAGCGUUCAUUCUGUAAACCAAAAAAUGUCCAGGUUAAUAAAGUCCCUCCUAAAAUGUAUUGGGCUUUUUAUUUGGUUCCUAAAAUGCAGUUAAAACACUGGAAGAUAAGCAACAGACAGUUUUAAAAAUGGUUUUGUAAAGGUUUGGGUAAAUAAAAAGGUUUUAAGCAUGAUUAUGAAAUAAUAGAUUGUUGGAGCCUGCCUUACCUAAAGUGUAAUGAAUGCCACCAUUUUUGCCAUUGUGGUGGUGGUUCUAUUGUCCUAGCUAAUGUUAAUAUAUGAGGUAAAAACACAGUUUUUCAAGCAAAGACUGACCCAGAGAAGCAAAUCAAAGUGCGCUUUUGACAUGCUGCAUAUGGCUUUAUGCUGGGACAUUUUAUCACCAAACAGGCACCUGUAUUCAGCUUGGGGUGGAAAAAUACCUCCCCCAGCUGUCAGUUUUUUGUUUAAGAAUUAAAGAAUCAAAUAUAUGGUAAUAUAAGUCCCGCAUAACUUUUAGCCGCUUUCUUCAGUUUUUGCUUGAACUGUAAUCUUCUCCUGUCACAUGUCUUUUGGACAUUCCAUCAUCUCAAAUUACUUUGGAAGUCAGCCUGGCGUAGAAAACUAUCCCAACUGCCUGCACCAGUAGCAACAGAUCCUUAUUAAGCAAACAAUGGCUUGGCAUUGUCUUUGUACACAACACUGCUCAUUCUAAGCCAAAUACACUAAUCACCAAAUUCAAGGCUGGGUACCCAUACUGUAACAUCUCAUGCUUGGCCCAGGAAACUCUGAUAAAGCCUUUUAGCUUCUGCAAAAACUCUUGUUUUGUCUUGCUGCCGCCGCCACAUGCUGGACCUGGAGUAAGACAAGACUGUAGCAGAGGUCACAUUUCUAGGGCUCAAACUUGCCUGGGUAGUGUAACUUUUUUUCAUAUGUGGUGGACAUGUAAAAAAGUUAAAGAAUAUUGGGAAAUGAUUUAUAUUAAGUUGUACAGAUUGUUUAAAACAACAUUCCCAAAAAGACCAGAGGCCUUUCUGUCAGGAAUAGUUCAGACUGAAGUUCCCAGGUGUCAGAAAAAAUGAUUUAUGUAUGCAACAAUGGCUGCUUGAGUUUUGUUAGCUCAAAGAUGGAAAGUGAGGGAGGUCCCAAGUAAGGAGGACUGGCAACUUAAGAUGAUAGAAUUUGCAGAACUAGCAGGUUUAACAUAUAGAAUAAGAGAGCAUCUAUUUAAAGAGGAGUAGAAAAUAUUUGCUGAGUACAGUGGUACCUCGGUUUAAGAACAGCCCAGUUUACGAACUCCGCAAAACCGGAAGUAGUGUCCCGGUUUGCAAACUUUACCUUGGUCUAAGAACGGAAGCCAAAUGGUGGAAGGGCACUGGUGGCGGGAGGCCUCAUUAGGGAAAGUGUGCCUUGGCUUAAGAACAGACCUCCGGAACGGAUUAAGUUCGUAAACUGAGGUACCACUGUAUUUGGAAAAUAACUGUACAGCUGAAUACACUGGCAGCAUUAAGCUAAAUUCAGCAGUGUGGUUAAUAUUUGAAUGAUGUAAAUUGGAGAAUGACUUAAAUGGUUGCAGAAAAAUAAGCAGGAAUGGUAGACAAGUAAAAUGAACCAUGGAAGGAGAAGGAGGGAAGUCAUUGGCUAUAUGGUACUAUGUAAAAUGCUUAUUUUGAGACAUAUAACUGAAAAACUUAAUAAAAACUAUUCAAAACAAAACAGACUUGCCUGGUAGUGAAGGCAGAGGGCCUUCUCAGUAGUGGCUCCCACCCUGUGGAAUGCCCUUCCAUCAGAUGUCAAGGAAAUAAGUAUGUGACUUUUAGAAGAUAUCUCAAGGGAGCCCUGUAUAGGGAAGUUUUUAAUGUUUAAUGCCUCACUGUGUUUUUAAAUAUUUUGUUGGGAGCCACCCAGAGUGACUGGGACAACCCAGUCAGAUGGGUGGCAUAUUAUUAUUAUUAUUAUUAUUAUUAUUCAGGGUUUGGUGGAUCACUAAAGUUGGUGCUGUCAGUAUUGGAGUUGAUGGAGGAAAGUAUCUCGUCAUUGAUUUUGGCUUGCCCAAGCAGGCUUUUUUUCUCCCUUCUGGUUCAUUAUAAGCAGUGUGCAUCUCAAAGCCUUCACUGCAGUAACCCAUGAGUGACCGUUCCAUUCUCCUCUGUCACAUACCACCAGAACAAUGGCAAAUGUAUGCACUAGUUCAAAAUGCACUGUAUUCUGCUGGCUUCACUCCAGAAACGAGCAAUCAGUGUUUGUGAUGUCAGGGGCAGCAGACCAUCAUCACAUAGUUAAUUCACUGUCGUUAACCAUAGCCUGCUCAUGUUUGCCAAAGCAUAUUGUAAUAGGGCUAUCUUCCUGAACAUGGAGCUUACUGGUAAGUGCCCCACCCAACAGCUACCAGCUCCUUAUCAGGAAGGUAUCAUGUCGCCCAGUUUGUGUUUGGGACACACUUCUGGAAGGGAAGUAUUUGUCAGCUAGAGCUGCCGUAGGGCCCAUCGGCUACCAAGUGGAACACGGUGGGUGAGAGUCAUGGGCUAACGUAGCAGAUGCAUCUCUCCCCCACCCCAUAUCUCCAGCAACAGAUGGCGCCAGGUUUUCUGUGCUCGACCAGGCCCUGGCAGAUGCCUCAGUAUCUGAAGAGCCUUUCAGUGGAUGAACAUUACUUUAAUGGCUCUGUUCAGACACCAUGAUAAACUCAGGGCUAGGGAACUUGUGACUCCAGUGUUUCCCAUCAUCCCCUGAGUAUUGGUUGUGUUGGGUGACAUUUAUCUUUCUGAAGUCAGAAUACCAAUUGUGGCCUUUUUGAAGAUUCAGCAGUUGGCUUUAUUAAAUUGUGCAGUAAGUAGCCAAGCAGGCUCUGGCAGGAACAAUAUGAAGCUGGAAUAGUAAAAUGCAAACAUCCCAUCUCCUCUCUGCCAUGCAUUCAGCAUAAUAAAAGGGCACUUGUCUUCUGAUGAAUUUGAAUUGUAAACUACUUUGGGAGCCAGUCUUGGCUGGCAAGUGGGAUAUAAGUAUGUUCCGCUUUACCUUCUAUUGGUGGCAGAGACAGCACCAAGAAUAUAUUGAUCUGACCCAAAUUACAGUGCUAGGAGAAUGAGCUAUUUAUCUGCUCCUGAAGCCUUUGCCCGUUCUUUCUCUGCUAGAGCUGGUUUUAGAUAGUUUUCCACAGCAGUGGCAGUUUGCUUCUACCUGAGCCAGAGAAAACUACUUAAGUACUACUGUACUUAAUUAAUAGAUUAGUGCCUAUCCUUAUCUGUCACCAUUGUAGUUAUGAAUGGAAGAGACUUAAUCUCCUGGUUAUGUUGUCAAGUAUCUGUUGUGUUUGCUUCCAGAUUUGGCCUUUCAUAACCUAGUAUUAAACUUCGUGUUCAUGCAUGCAGCUUCUUGAAAGGAACUCAGGUUUGAUUUUAUACAUGCUACAUCUAAAUCCCAGGGUUGUUUUCUUGAUGCCAAAAAGCAGCCAGAGCUUUGAAGUAGUUAUGAAAUAUUGAGACUUCGCUUAUGCAAAAAGGAGCCAAACCCAAAUUGGCAAGGUUUAACAUGAAGGGGUGUAAUGGGGCAAAUUCUUUAUAAAGAGAGCCUCUUAUGGGAUGGGGGUGGAGACAGGGCUGGCCCCACACAGGAGGCAAGGUGAAGCAGCCAUCUUGGGUGGUGGAAGCCGCUGAGGGGGUGCCUUGGUGGGUGCCCCACUGGCAGAGUAUCAGAGCUGAUUUCCAGCAGGAUUUUUGCCAGAACCUGCUGCUGCUUCAUGCUGCCACCAUGCAGCCUAGGGAUGCUUUGACGGCAGCGGCAGGGUGGGGAAGCACUUCCCACUUAGCCUCAAGCAACACAAUGGGAUGCGCCGUCCCUGGUUGGAGAGGAGCAGGCACAUCAGACCUCCAAAUCACCUAAAAAUUAUAUACACACACACACACAACUGCUAGAGCCAAGCAAUAAGAAGCAGUGUUCAAAAGUACUGUACACAGCACACUACCACCUCAUGUUUUUAUGUAAUGGAUUGGUGAAACUGCUUGUUGAGCUCCAAGGCAAAUAGUGCAUUGAAAUGCAUUGAAGGUGGUAAAAUUUCAAUUAGCCAGAAAGUUGUCUGGGAGCACUUGCUCACGCCUAGCUAAAAUGGAAUGAGGCUAAUAAAAAUAUCCUGCUGAACCAAGAGGCCACUGACUCAAAUCCUCUGCAGUCUUCCUCAAAGGAAUGAGGGUGCAAGACUCCCUGAUCUUGCAUUCCUCAGGGAUUGCCUUGCGUCACCCUCCACAGUUGUAAUCCUUUACAACUCAUGUGACUGGGGCUCUGUACAGCACUAUGCAGAAUUAGAAGAGGCUUCUUGUUUCCUCUGAAGUGCAUCUUAAUUGUUUGGGCUCUACAAAAGUUGGGCUUGACGUUGGGGAAGGGUUGUAAGCCAAAACAGAGCGGCCUUGUUUACAAUCCUUCAGAAGGUAAGAAAAUGCCUCUCCUGGGAUAUGUACUCAGUAGCAGACCUCUUGGUUGAAAGCGGCUCAACUUGGUUGUCUACCUAAGCCUUUACACUGUUUGAUAUUUCAGAAAGAAAUGGCUUCCGGUAAAGCUCAUAUUGGUAAGCCAGUUCCAGACUUCAAGGCCACAGCAGUGGUGGAUGGAGCCAUUAAGGAAAUAAAGUUGUCGGACUACAAAGGUAAGAGAGAGUACCACUUUCAGUUGUUUAAACAACAUCUUCAGUCAGUCUUAAUGUCGCAAGGUGCCUUGAGCUCAUGAAUAUGCAGGACAUAAAUACCCUAAUUAAAAAGUUUCCCAGACCCACCUUGAUAAGAGAGGCUGGGUAUGGAUCACUUAAGAACUACUUUCCUGCUAUGCAGCAUUGGAGCACAUAAUCGCCAAGAAAGAGGAUCUUGCAUUAUCCGUCUGUUUAUCAAGAGGUAAUCAGUCCCCAGGCACUGAAUCAGAUUGCUGUGGGGAUCAUGGUGUGUAGUGCAAAUACUAUAUUUUGUUAGCAGGUGCAGAUAAUGGACCUUGGGUUUGCCAUAUCCCAAAGGAAGGAUGAAUGUUAUCGUGGUCAAGGCAUGGCAUUUGUUUUGAGUACAUUGUGCUGGUGCCUUCAGGUGUUGUCUCCUUCCCUAAACUUCAGAUAGUAGCCAGGCAAGGUUUCUGGCUCAAAGUAUUCUGCUUCUGAUGGGUUUCCCCCCUCUCUACACAGGCAAAUAUGUGGUUCUCUUCUUCUACCCCCUGGAUUUCACCUUCGUCUGUCCCACAGAGAUCAUAGCUUUCAGUGAUCGAGUUGAGGAGUUCCGCAAGAUCAACUGUGAGGUUAUUGCUGCCUCUGUUGACUCUCAGUUCACCCAUUUGGCCUGGUGAGUCUCCUGGUGUUCAAGAUCUAGCACAAGGUCUCCGUCCAUGCUAGAAAGCAAGUACUGUGAAGACUUAUGGUUAUGUUGUUGUUUCUUAAGGCUGGCUUAGCUGUAGAAAACUGAGUGACAGGAAUAACAGCACAUCCCUAUUUUGUGUGUUGCUUAGGAAGAGGGUUAGAACUGAAACAUCAUUAAGAAUGUUCUAGGGAUCUGACACUGGGAGGGAGCCAAGCAGAAGUUAACUGACAGAAGGGUGUGGAGGGUCCCCACCAGCCUUAUCUAGCCAAACCUAGCUGCUGUUAGUUUUAUCAGCCACCUCAGUAGACUAACUGCAGUUGUGUCCAGAGUUGAUUUGAGCUCCUAAAUGGGUGCAAAGAACAUUUCAGUCUUCUGUGGGUCAGAGAAUCCGACUAUAUCUAAUUGGAGAAUAUCUCCAGUUUUUCUUCAGAUUUAGGUUUCUGAUGAGGAAGAAGAUGCUUGCCCAGUUUUUAGACCCAGCUUUGGUCUGGGAGCCCCAUGGCAGUUUGGAACAAAAAGCUUGGGGCAAUCUAUCCCAUGUGAAAUAUUUGAUUCAACCAUUUCUAAAUAGUAAAUGGCUAGAGUAGUAGUUUGCAGAUGUUCAAGAUGGAAGGGUGGGAGAUAUGAGGCCCUCCAGUUGUUGGACUCCCAACUCCCAUCAGCCCUUGCCCAACAUAGCCAAUGAUUAGGGUUGAGGUGGGCAUCGGUUCACAGGUUCUCCUACCUCUGCUCUAAAAUGAUAUUGCAGAUGUUAACGGCCAUUUCCCUGCAGGAUCAAUACAGCAAGAAAGGAAGGGGGCUUGGGAUCUGCAAACAUUCCUCUUGUGGCAGACAUCAACCACAAUAUUUGCAAGGACUAUGGAGUGCUCAAGGAGGAGGAUGGCAUUGCAUACAGGUAUGGAGAUCUUGAGGUCUAACCUUAAUUCUAGAUGACAGUUCAAAGGGCUGUGGCUGGUGGCAUCUUGGCAAAUGCCAGUCCUCUUGUGUUCACUAGCAAAGCCUCAACAUGGCUGACUCACGUACCACUUAGCUCCUCUCUCCAGUGCUGCAACACAGGGGUAGCUAACCUGGGAGUCUCCAGCUGUUACUGAACUAGAGCUGCCAGCUGCAGCCAGCAUGGCCAAUGGUCAGGAAUGAUGGAAGCUGCAAAAUUUGGCAGCAUCUGGAGAACAACAGAUUAGUCCCGCCUGCUCUUAAGUCCUGUGAUCUGUUGAAGAGGUUAGUCAUCCUUGAUGCUGCUGGACUGUUCAAUCCUCUAUUCAUCAGCUUGGUCCCACCCAUCAAGUCCAUGUAUGUAAUCCAAAUGGUAACCUGGCUGAAAUAAAAAAAGCUAUUAAUACUAGCUAGGUCCUAGAACCCUGGUCCUUGGAUGUAUGGACUUGGACUUCAGAGAAUGAGUUGCUGUAGCUGGAACUUAAUUGAGUCUGUCUCUGCUUUUGCCCCAACCUCUUUUAGUUGAUCUCUCAGUAAGGUUUCUGCAUAGGCAUAGAUUCAGGAUUCCCCCACUCAACUUUGACCCAAAGAACCUAGGCAAUUGUAGUUUGCCCCUCACCGAACUACAGUUCCUUGUACCAUUAUACUAUAGUUCCCAGGAUUCUUUGGGGGAAGGCAUGUGCUUUAUUUUAUUUUAUUUUUUAAAUGAUAUUUAUUGAGAGUUUAAAAUUACAGAGAAAGGAAAAAACAAGAAAAAAAGAAAAAGGAAAAAAGGUAGACAAAAAGAGAAAUUAAACAAUACAAGUCAAUAAAAACAAAAGUCAAAGAAAAAACAAAACACACAAUACAUCAAAAUCAAAAAAUAAAAAUAAACAAAAAAUUUAAAAACAAAUCCAAUAUUCCCAAAUCUUUAUCUUUCAUUAACUUGUUUCAUCGACCUCCUCACACCUCCCUUUUUUGUAUUCUAGUUAUUAUCUCAGCAAAUCCUUUCCAUCUUUCACAAUAUUCUGUCAUUAAAUUAUCUUAAUCUAUUUUAACCUUAUCUUACCAUAAAAAACCCUAAAGCUUAAAACUUAAGUCUUAUUUAUACCUAAUUCUUUUUAGCAAAACAUAUUUAUACAUAAUUCUUUUUAACAUUUCUACUAAAGCCAAAUAGUUUCAUUCCAACAUUUCUGCUACUUGAGGUUCAGCAACAACCUCCUCCUUUAUCUUCUUCACCACUUGCUCUGUCAAAGCACAUUCCUGGAUUGAUUCCUGAGUGGUUUCUAUAUAGGUAUUCACUGUUUGUCCAAAAUUUCCAACUGCAACAGUCAUCAAAUCCAUCUUCUCAUGUAGCUGUUCCAGUAAAGCGCUUGUCUUGCAAAAAGCAAGUACUAAAGCUUCUUCUGGGCACAUUCUUGUUCAAGGUUAAAGUCUGGUCUCAUGAUCUUUAAUCUCUACAGCUGCAAAAUUCCCCAGAUCGACUCUAACAACAGUUUCACAAGCUCCCUCUAGAGGAAACAAUUUCUAUUUGUAUCCGUCUUUUUAAAAGCAGAUCUAGCAACAAAGUUCCUUUCGUUUUUCAGAUAUUUUGUUCCUUUUAAGUGCAAAAGGGAACAUUGGAAUCAAUAUGUUUCUCUUUUUUAACUAUCUGUCAAAAACGUUUUAUCCACAGUCAAUGAACUUCCCCAAAACGUCUGUCCUGACACCCCGCUCCCAGGUUCAAGACGGUGGAAAUUUAUCUUUCUUUACUCUCUCUUCUGCAGGUUUAAACAGUCUAAAAAGAUUCCCCCCUCUUCUCCUGCUUCCAAGGGGGGUUUAGUAAUUUUAACUGAUGGAAAUUUAGUCCUUUACAAACGACUUUCCAGACUCUAGCUUGCAAUGUCUUUGCUUCAAUCUAUUUACAAAAGCGGAAGGCGGACUUCCUGUUUAGACUUUCCCGCUUCGGUGCCAAAUUAAGAAGUUUCAUAGUCCAAUUUUCCGUUCUACUCACGGGCAGUUGUUUAAAAUCCAAUUGUCCACAGGAAAAAGUCAGCGCUCUCCGGCAACAGCAAUGCGGCUUCACUCCGUGAAAAGAGCAGUCAAUUCGAAGCACCACGCCAUUCACCCCACGUCGCUCUGGAUCCCCGAAACCGGGUUUCCCCACGAGUAGGGGAGGCGCAAAAGGUGCCAGCCAAAUCCCACGUCCACAGGCUUCUCCCGCCUGUGGUUUUUGGUGGGUCUCCGCCUCGCCGCGGCAGUCCAGACCCUAAUUCUCACGAAGCGGAUUCCUCCCGAUCAGAGGAAAUCCGCCAUUGCCGGAGGCGCUAACCCGGAAGUCGGGAAGGCAUGUGCUUUAAAUGCAUCUUAGGCUUGAAUGCAUACAAGCUUGAAUCCUCCUUUUUUUUAAAUAAUAAAUGCUCUUAAUUGCCCUUCUUUCUCCCCCCCUCUCCCCACAACUAUCCAGAGGCCUGUUCAUAAUUGAUGACAAAGGCAUCCUGCGUCAGAUCACAGUGAAUGACUUGCCUGUGGGACGUUCUGUGGAUGAGACACUUCGCCUGGUACAGGCUUUCCAGUUCACAGACCAGCAUGGUGAAGGUAAGGGGUGGGGAUUGGGAUAAUAGAGCUAACACAGAAGAGUGAGGUCAGUAUUGCUUUAGAAAUUGUGGCUGUUACCUCUUCAUGGGGCAAGUAAGGGCCUAUCUCUGCCCAUGGACAGUGCAUAACAGCUUCCCAAACACCUUCGUAGCAAAUAGUACCAUAUAUGAAGUUGGCAUGAUGUACUGCUAGCAACAUUUCUUAGAGCCUUCCGUAGCGCAGUUCAUGCCAUAUCCUGUCUUGCCCACCAUUUUCAGCAUCACAGAAGUGUGGCAUGGUACAAAGUAGACCCAAGACAGUCUUAUGCAACUCUUAAUAACGCAAGAGCCCUGCUGGUUCAGUCCAUUCGCCCAACUAGUCCAGCAUCCUGUUCCCACAGUGGCCAACCAGAUGCCCAUGGGAAGCCUGGAAGCACACUCUUCACUUGUGAGUCCCAGAAAGUGGUACGUGGAGAUAAACUGCCUCCAGCAUAGCCAUUGUGGCUAUUAGCCAGUGACGGCUGUCCUCCUGAACAUAUGCAAACACACUAGUCUCCUGUUAUGGACCAUGAAACCCCAAAAGGAGCAUACUGGGAUGGGAAAGGCUGUGGCAUUUUGCCCCUCUCCAGUGCUGCUUUUUUUUAAGGAAAAGGGUGUGGGUAUUCACUAGGGGACACGGGUGGCGCUGUGGGUUAAACCACAGAGCCUAGUACUUGCCGAUUAGAAGGUCGGCAGUUCGAAUCCCCGCAACUGGCUGAGCUCUCAUUGCUCAGUCCCUGCUCCUGCCAACCUAGCAGUUUGAAAGCACGUCAAAGUGCAAGUAGAUAAAGAGGGACCGCUCCGGCGGGAAGGUAAACGGCAUUUCCGUGCGCUGCUCUGGUUCUCCAGAAGCGGCUUAGUCAUGCUGGCCACAUGAACCGGAAGCUGUACACCGGCUCCCUCGGCCAAUAAAGCGAGAUGAGCGCCGCAACCCCAGUGUCGGUCACGACUGGACCUAAUGGUCAGGGGUCCCUUUACCUUUAUUCACUAUGAAGUUGUUAUAGUAAGUGCCACAUUUUUAACAUUUGGAAGAAAAAGGUACUGCAUACCCUUGAGUAUCCCCAGAAAAAAAGGCACCGCUCCAAUCUAGAUUGUGCUUGUUGAUGGAGUAAGUUCUGACUUUUUAAUAAGUGAUGUCUCCAAAGCUUCCUUCUACUGCUUCUUGGGGUACCUUGUUGCCCUAAGCUUGCUCCAUGUGGACCUAUGUGCUUUGAGUGCUGUUUGACAUAUUCUAACCCCACACUUCUGUACAUUUUGCUACAGUGUGCCCAGCUGGCUGGCAACCUGGCGGUGACACCAUCAAGCCCACAGUGAAGGACAGCAAGGCCUUCUUCGCCAAGCAGCAGUAGAGGUGUCAUGCUGAACAAAUCUGGCCUAAUGUGAAGGGAUUAUUCAUACUGAAUCUUUCCCGUUGAGAUCUCUAGAAGUAACUCUCUGGGGAGAGCUGGGCUACGAAAGCCUCUCCCAUGAGUAGUAGUUCAUAGAAGUAGCUUGAAUGUAAUUUUUUGAGUAGGGCAUCUUUAUGUUCAUGCUUCAAUAAAAGUGGAGAUUAAAAUAAGCUUGGUGGUGA